AUGGAGCAAACAAAUACUGGAAUUGAAAGCGAUGGCAACAAUGCUAAAAAUGACAACAAGUCUGAGGAUAAUGCUUAUUUGGGAUACAUAAAGACAUUUAUUGUAGAAAAAGGAGAAGAUGGUGAAGAUAAUAUCAAAAUGGCUGUUCCAGUUGUGGCAAUGUACUUUCACAGGGGUAAAGAUUUGGAGCACCUUAACUUAGAUGAGUAUGAUGCGUUUAUUCAGGUGAAGGAACUUCCCAAGAAAGAAAGCAGCAGCGCAAAGUCAACAUGGUUUAAGUUUGAAGGAGCUUUUGAACUGAGAGCAAGAUUUGGACAGACCCUAUGCCGCAAGCAGCGUACACUAAUCUUCAAAGGAAAAGUGCCCAAACACCCAGGAAAAGAGCCACAGUAA